UCACAUUGAUUAUUCCUUCCGCAUAUAUUUUAGCUCCAUUUGCUUCCCAAUAAUUUAGUAUUAAAAUUGAUUCAACAUAAAUAAAUUUACAUUUCGAGAUGAACAAAAAACAUGUAAAAAAACAGGAAUCAUAAAUUAGUUUCUGUGAAACGCCUCAACCGGUCACCUAGGCACGUACAUACUACAUCUGCUCAUGUAAUUAUAUAUGUGGUAUGUUUGCCGUGCGUGUUCAUCAAAAUUCACAUAUUUAAAAACUCUGAAAAAUGACUGAAAUGACAAUAUUUGAGGAUUAAAAAUAUUUAUCACCGUAAAUACACAGUGAGAGAGUGUUAGUAAGGGUUGAAACUCCACGAAUCAUCGAAUAUAAACAAAAUGUUUCACCGCUUCUCCCUCGCCCGUCGCGCUCUCCUCCCCCUCUCCCGCGCAUUCGCCACCACCCCCCCUUCGUCCACCCUUGCGGCCCCCCUGCGUUACGCUCCAGGAGACGACAUCUCAAACUUCAAAGUAACCGAAGUCUCAAGAGUCCCGGAGAUGCACGUCGAGGCAAUCCGCCUGACCCACACCCCCUCCGGUGCCCAAUACCUCCACUUGAACCGCGACGACCUGAACAACGUCUUCUGCAUCGGCUUUCGAACAACUCCCCUCGACUCGACCGGUGUCCCCCACAUCCUCGAGCACAUGACCCUCUGCGGUAGCGACAAAUACCCGAUCAGAGAUCCCUUCAUGAAGAUGCUCUACCGUUCCCUCGCGACCUUCCUCAACGCCAUGACCGGCGCUGACUACACCAUCUACCCGUUCUCCACGCAAAAUCCGAAAGACUUCCAAAAUCUUCAAUCGAUUUACGCGGACGCGGUAUUCUCCCCCCGCUUGCGCCACCUGGACUUCCUCCAGGAGGGCUGGAGGCUCGAGCACUCGAACUUGACCUCCAAGUCAUCGCCGAUAGUGAUCAAGGGAGUGGUCUACAACGAGAUGAAAGGUGUCUUCAACGAGAACCAAACCAUCUUCGCGGAGAAGCUCCUGAACUCAAUCCUCCCGAGUCACACCUACGGCGUCUGCUCCGGGGGUCUUCCCCUGGAGAUCCCCAACCUGACCCACGAUUUCUUGAAGGGCUUUCAUUCCAAAUUCUAUCACCCCUCCAACUCCAAGAUCUUCUCCUACGGGAAUUUUCCGUUUGAGGAGCAUCUGAAGUUCAUGGAUGAGAACUAUCUGUCUUCUGGUGGGAGGAUUGAUACGUCCGGGUCGUUGGUGCCCUCUGAGAAACGAUGGGAGGCACCCCGACGAGAGCACAUCGGUUGCAAGAUCGAUCCGAUGGCUCCGGAUGCCGCUAAACAGAGUUCAAUCGCUGUUGGACACCUCUGCAAUGACAUCAAGGACAUCCAGACAACCUUGGAACUGCAUAUCCUGUCGGAACUGCUCCUGAAGGGCCCCACCAGCGCCUUCUACAAAGGCUUCAUCGAGACGAACCUGGGAAGCGGAUUCGGUCCCUUCACGGGCUACGACUCUCAGUGCCGGGAUGCCAUCUUCGUCGUGUCCCUCCAAGGGGUCGACCCCGAGGACUUCCACAAGAUCGAGAAGACCUUCGACAACAUCUUGGAGGACGUCAUCUCCAAAGGAUUCGACAAAGAUCACGUGGAGGCUGUUAUCCACUCGAUCGAGUUGAGUAACAAGCAUCAGUCCUCCAACUUCGGGAUGAACUUACUCUUUAGUGUCUUUCCGCUGUGGAACCACGAGGGGGAUAUCGUCGAGAGCCUCAGGCUGAACUCCUCCCUCGCGAAGUUCAAGGAGAAACUUCAACAGGACCCCAAGUACUUAAACAAACUCACGGAGAAGUAUCUUCUCAAGAACAAGCACAGAUUGGUCCUCACUAUGAGCCCGGAGGAGGACUACGAUAGGAGGACGUCCGAGGCCGAGGAGAAUCUCAUAAAACGGAAGAUCGAAGAGCAGACGCCGGAAGACCUAGACAAGAUCUUCGAGACUGGGCAGAUUCUCAGGAAGGACCAGGAAAAGAAGGAGGACUUGAACAUCUUGCCGACGUUGAAGAUCGAAGACCUGAAGGCGGACGUUGAUCGUUACCAGUUGUCUGAUGUCACCAUCUCGGGGGUUCCCCUCCAGGUGUCGAUCCAGCCGACCAAUGGGGUCCUCUACUACAGGGGCAUCCUUGACACGAAGCACCUGCCGGCGGAUCUGAAGGAGCUGGUUCCCAUCUUCAACGACGUCGUCGCCAAAAUGGGAACGGAAGACCACGAUUACAGGACCUUCGAUCGUCUCUGUUCCUUGAAGUCCGGGGGCUUGGCUUUCUCGGCGCACAUCAGUGAGGACAAGAGCAGGAUGAACAAUUUCAGCGAGGGCAUUCUGAUAUCUUCUUACUGCUUGUUGAGGAACACCUCGGACAUGUGGAAACUCUGGGAGGAGCUGUUCAACAAGGGAAAGCUUGACGAUCUCAAACGCUUCGAGACUCUCAUCAGAAACUCGGCUGUUGAUCUGUCCUGCGGGAUAGCUGACUCGGGUCAUCACUACGCGAUGAGUUCGGCUGCCAGUCUCGUGUCGUCUUCUGCUGAACUGAAGGAGAAGCUAUCCGGUCUUGAGUUCGUCUCGCGGAUGAAGAAGCUGUCGCAGCUGAAGGACUUGUCUCCGGUUCUUGACAAGAUGCGGGAGAUCAGGGCGCAGGUCAUUGAUAAGAGCCGUCUGAGGUCAGCUGUCAAUUACUCUGAGGAUCAGGACGGCCAGAAUGUGGUUAACAGCCUUCAGAGGGACUUCUAUGAUCCGUUGAAGGCUUCUGGUUCUUUCAGCCAAAACGAAAACUCGAUCUUCGGCGAUGAAGACUUGAAUGCCACCCAGGGGAAGGUGUCAGGGGUUCAUCAUGUGAUGCCGUACACCACCAACUACACGUCAAAAGCCAUCCUGACGGUGCCCUAUGCACAUCCUGACUACCCCGCACUGAGAAUCCUCGGUAAGCUGAUCUCUUCGGUCUAUCUGCUACCGGAAGUUAGGGAGAAGGAGGGGGCUUAUGGCUCUGGCGCCUCGUUGUCCCCCGAGGGGGUCUUCAUGUUCUACAGCUUCAGGGACCCCAACAGCACGAAGACGUUUGAUACUUUUGAUAGGACCUGCGACUUCCUGAAGACCUUUGACUUCAAGGAUAAUUAUUUGGACGAAGCCAAGCUGGGUGUCUUCCAGCAGAUCGACGCUCCUGUCGCGCCUGGGAACAGGGGCCUGUUGAGGUUCACUCAUGGCAUCACUGAGGAUGAUGUGCAGAGGCAGAGGGUGUUGCUGAAAGCUGUUAGCAAGGAGGAUGUGGUCAAUGUCGCGGAGAGGUAUUUGAGACCGGGGAAGGAGGGCGCAAGAGUCGGGAGGGCUAUUAUUGGGGGGGUUAAUAAAGAGUUGUUGGAGAGGAGGGGGGAGAACUGGAGGGUCGUGGAUCAGGAGGAGGAGGAGGAGAAGGUUCAGGCUGCUGGGUAAUGAUUAUGAUGAUGAUGAGGAAGAUAAAGAUAAGCUUGGAGAGGGAGGUGACGAAGAUUAGGGAGAUGAAGAUGACGAUGGAGAAGAUGAAGAUAAAGAUGAUGGAGAUAUGAUGAAGAUUUUGGUGGAGAGGGAGAUUGUGACGACUGAAGUUAAUGAGAUGAAGAUGAUGAUGAAAAAGAUGAAGAUAAGGAUGACGAGGAUGUUGAUGGAGAGGGAGAUGAUGAUAAUGAAGUUUAGGGAGAUGAAGGGGACGAUGAAAAAAAUGAAGAUGACAAUGAGGGCGGUAGGAUGGCGAUGAUGCGUUAGAGCUGAGGUGGAUGAAGAUGAAGGGGGAGAUGGUGAUGAUAGAAGUUAGAGAGAUGAUAAUGGGGAAGAUGAAGAUAAAGAUGAUGAAGAUAUGAUAACGAUUUUGGUGGAGAGGGAGAUGGUGACGAUAGAGGUUAGGGAGAUGAAGAUGAUGAUGAAGAAGAUGAAGAUAAGGAUGACAAGGAUGUUGAUGGAGAGGGUGAUGAUGAUAAUGUAGUUUAGGCAGGCGAAGGGGACGAUGAGAAAGAUGAAGAUGACAAUGAGGGCGGUGGGAUGAAGAUGAUGCGUUAGAGCUGAAAUGGAUGAAGAUGAAGGGGGAGAUGGUGACAAUGGAGGUUAGGGAGAUGAUGGCCAUGAAGAUGAAGAUAAGGAUUUUGAUGGAGAGGGAGAUGGAGAUGAUGAUGGAGAGAAAGUUGAUAAUGCAGAUGACGAGAGUGGUGGACAAGAUAGAGCUGAUUGUGAUGAUGCAGAUCAGGGAGAUGAAGAUGAUGGAGAUGAAAAUUAUGUAUAUAAAAUUUUUAGGAAUUAAAUCGAUUGCUGAAACAAAAAUUGUGUUUUUUCAU